GUUUGUUCCACUGGGUGAGACACCCAGGGCUUCUGUUGCACACGCCCAUACAUAGAUGGCCCUCCAGUUUCUUGCAUAUUUCUGAUACUGUGCAUAAUUUCUAGUCUUCUUCAAUGUCAGUUGGCAGCCUUUGGCGAUUAGACGUUGUUGGCACGAGCACUUAUGAAGAACAAUGCAUGCAUUUCCCGCCUUCAUACGGAUUUUCAAGUGCCCAUCAAUUCCUUUCAUGAUUUUAUGCAGUGGGUUUUCUGUAACUGUCAAAAAGUUUCCAUAUUCGUCCAUGGCUGUCAUGAACUCUGCAAAAACGGGCACUUCAGUAUGGAGCUCGGUGAUCCCAAAUUACCUCCGAUGCGGAAAGCUAGAUGAAGCUCGUCGUGUUUUUGACGAGAAUCCUUCGCCUGAUGUUCAUAUUUAUACCAUGAUGAUUGCUGCAUAUUCGCGAAGCGAUAGACUGUACGAGGCAUUACAACUGUUCUAUGAAAUGCCUGUUCGAGAUGUUGUUUCUUGGAAUUCUAUGAUGAAGGGUUGUCUUGAUUGUGGGAACUUAGAAAUGGCUCGAAAGAUUUUCUAUGAAAUGCCAGAAAGAAAUGUUAUCUCCUGGACCACAAUUAUAAAUGGGUUCUUGCAGUUUGGUAGAAUUGAAAUUGCGGAGGUUCUGUUUCAUAAGAUGCCUUCCAAGGAUACGGCAGCAUGGAAUUCAAUGAUUUUUGGGUAUUGUAGUAAUGAACGGAUUAAUGAUGCUCUCAGGGUGUUUGAGAGGAUGCCUUUUAGGAAUGUGAUUUCCUGGACUACAAUGAUUAGUGGAAUGGAUCAGCAUGGGGAGAGUGAUAAAGCACUGUCUCUCUUCCGGCAGAUGCUGGAUUCAGGGGUGAUACCCACUUCAAGCACGUUCUGUUGUGCACUAACGGCGUGUGCAAAAAUAUCAGCUCUCAACCAAGGUGUUCAACUUCAUGCCAAUCUCAUCAAGUUGGGGUAUGUCUUUGAUGCUUUUGUCUCUACUUCACUGAUCACAUUUUAUGCGAACUGUGAGAAAAUUGAGGAAUGUAGACAGAUUUUUCAUGAAAACUUGGAUAUAAAUGUUGUUAUGUGGACAGCUCUUUUAACAGGUUAUGGUCUAAAUAAUAAGCACGAAGAUGCUUUGGAUGUAUUUUACAACAUGAUAAAAGUUGGGAUCCUGCCCAAUCAAUCAACAUUCAGUAGUGCUUUGAAUUCAUGCAGUGGGCUAGAGGCUCUUGAUAGUGGAAAAGAGAUUCAUGGGAGGGCUAUAAAGCUUGGGUUGGAUGAUGAUGUGUUUGUUAGUAAUUCUCUUAUCGUAAUGUACUCUAAAUGCGGAAACAUACAUGAUGCAACGACUAUGUUCGACAAUAUGAGCAGGAGGAACAUUGUUUCGUGGAAUUCUAUUAUUGUUGGGAGUGCACAACAUGGGUGUGGUGUCUUGGCCCUUGGGUUCUUUGACCGGAUGGUAAAUGCAAAGGUUCAACCCGAUGAGAUUACAUUCGUUGGGUUGCUUACUGCUUGUAGCCACUCUAGGAUGUUAGAUAGGGGGAGAGAAUUUUUUGAAUUAUUGACUCGAGAUACAUCGGUUGAAGUGAAGUCUGAGCAUUAUGCAUGUAUGGUGGAUAUCUUGGGUCGAUCUGGGAAGCUGGAAGAGGCGGAGGAAUUCAUCAAGAAGAUGCCAGAGAAAGCAAACUCCAUGGUCUGGUUAGCUUUGUUGAGUGCCUGUAGGGUACAUCGUAACCUAGAGGUGGCAAAAAGAGCUGCAUAUCAUGUCUUUAACCUGGAACCACAUAAUAGUGCAGGAUAUAUUUUAUUAUCCAACUUAUAUGCUUCAGCAGGUAAAUGGGAUGAUGUCUCUCACAUAAGAGGGAUGAUGAAGCAUAGAGGAAUUCUGAAGCAACCUGGAUAUAGUUGGGUGACACUAAAGGGAUCAAAGCAUAUGUUUGUUUGUGGAGAUAGGUUCCACCCUUUGUGUGAGAAAAUAUACCAAAGGCUGGAUCUUUUGGGUGCAAAACUGAAGGAGUUGGGUCAUGUUCCUGAUCAGAGUUUUGUGUUACAUGAUGUGGAGGAUGAACAAAAGGAAGUGAUGUUGUCUUUUCAUAGCGAGAGGCUUGCCAUUGGAUUUGCACUGAUCAGUACUGUAGAAGGUAGUACAAUAAGAGUGAUGAAAAACCUUCGUGUAUGUGGGGAUUGUCAUUCUGCCAUCAAGCUUAUAGCAAAGAUUGUUGGGCGUGAGAUCAUUGUAAGAGAUUCUAGUCGAUUCCAUCACUUUAGGGAUGGGAACUGUUCUUGUGGGGAUUAUUGGUAGCAAUUUGGUGGAUGGUUUGUUCUUGUAGAUGUUGUGGGAGGUCAGUUUUUGCUUUUGAUGGCUGUUCACUAGGCAAAUGAAGAUAACAUAUGAUGAACAAAGCAGCAUGGCCUAGGGUUACUAGACUGCCUGAGGCUCUUGAAACGCUUAGGGCGAUGGAACUCAAGGGUAAAUGUAGCCCUAACGUUACCAUGUAUAGUGCAAUCAUCGAUGGCCAUUGCAAAGAAGGAAUGGUAAAUGAGGCCUAGAACCUAUUCUCUGCAAUUUUGUUUCAAAACAUGGUGAACCAUGAAAUCUCACCAGCUGUCAUCACCUUCAACAUUAUGAUCGAUGGUCUUUGCAAAGGGGGAAGGACUACUGAAGGGCAUAACAUGUUUGAAUUAAUGCUUCAGGAGAACAUAAGCCUGAUGUUUUCACUUUCAGCUCUUUGAUUCAUGGCCUAUCCAAAUCUGGUCAGUGGGAAGAAGCCAUUGGAUUACUAAGUAAAAUGUUGAGACUAGGGGUCUCCCCUGAUGUUGUGAUAUUCAGCAUUUUGAAUUUUGAUAGAUGGCCUUUGCAAAGACAGAAGGACUGAUGAAGCGCAUUAGUUGUUUGAGUUAAUGCUUCAAAGAGGACAUAAGCUGAUGUUAUCACUUACAGCUCUUUGAUUCAUGGCCUUUGCAAUUCUAGCCAAUGGGAAGAAGCCACUAGAUUGCUAAAUAAAAUGUUGGGACUAGGGGUCUCCCCUGAUGUCGUGAUAUUCAGCAUUCUAAUGGAUGGUCUUGUAAAAACGGAAGGACUACUGAAGCGCAUAAGUUGUUUGAAUUGAUGCUUCGAAGAGGACAGAAGCCUGAUGUUGUCACAUUCAACUCUUUGAUUGAUGGCCUAUGCAAUUCUGGCCAAUGGGAAGAUGCCAUUGUGUUGCAAAAUAAAAUGUUGGAACUAGGAGUCUCCUAAUAUCGACUUAAUUUCAACGUUCUAAUAGAUGGUCUUUGCAAAGAAGGAAGGAUUGUUGAAGCGGACAAGUUGUUUGAAUUGAUGCUUCAAAGAGGACUUAAGCCUGAUAUUAUCACUUUCACCUCUUUGAUUCAGGGAUUCAGGGCCUAUGUAAUUCUGGCCAAUCAAAAGAAAGCCAUUGGAUUGCUAAACAAAAUGUGAGGACUUGGAAUC